AUGACUGGGCCGAAGGAAAUACAACAACUGAAUAGGCGAAAAUCAAUAGCUUUAUUAACGAGAUCUCCAUUAUCUCAAUCUCCAUAUACAAUCAAUAAUUCAAGAAAUAAUUCACCAAGAACAUCAAAUAAUAAUUCAUAUAUUAAUAAUAAUCAGUUUUUAAGAAAAGAUAAUGUUAAUGAUUCAGCUAUAGAAGAUAAUGAUAGUUUAAGUGGUAAUGAGCAAAUUGAACCUGAUUUAUCCAAGGGUAUAAAAGAUCGCAACAUGAUUAAAAAAAUAAGUAAACAUUUACCUAAUGAUGAUUUAAACCAGGAGGGAGCAGAUAUCACAAGAGAUUUAUAUAAAAUUCAACAAGAUCAAAUUAGACAACCACUACUAAAAAGAUCAAAAUCGUAUGGGUCAAUUUCUGAUAAUGGAUCAAUUAAAUCUCGAGCUUCGUCAUUUAAUGUUCCCGGUGGGUUUAGAAGAGAAUAUUUAUUACAGAAACAAUCUGAACGAAGUAAUGCAAUGCCAAGUUUCGUAACUAAGAAUUUUAUUGAAUUCUUAAGUAUUUAUGGACAUUUCGCAGGUGAAGAUUUAGAAGAUGAGGAAGAUUUCAUAGCUAAUCAUUAUAGUUAUUUGAUUGCAAGAGAUACUGAAGAAGAAUCAACUCCAGAUUUUAAUCCCAAGGGAACUGCAACUGAUAAAAAGGCAUAUUUUUUAUUAUUAAAAGCUUUUGUUGGAACCGGUGUUUUAUUCUUACCUAAAGCAUUUACAAAUGGUGGAUUAUUAUUUUCAAUUUUGGUUCUUGUAUUUUUUGCAAUUUUAUCAUGGUGGUGUUAUUUAAUCUUGGUAUAUACUAAAGUAACAACUAAAGUUUCAGGAUUUGCUGAAAUUGGUUUAAUAUUAUAUGGUCCAUGGUUACAGAAACUAAUUUUAUUUUCAAUUAUUAUAUCACAAAUUGGUUUCGUUGCUGCUUAUAUUGUAUUCACACUGGAGAAUUUAAGAGCAUUCAUUGUUAAUAUAACUACUUUCAAUACCGAAGAUUUGAAAAUUUAUUGGUUUAUCAUAUUUCAAAUAAUUUUAAUUAUUCCACUAUCUUUAAUUCGUGAUAUUACUAAAUUAUCAUUACUGGCUGUCCUUGCUAAUUUCUUUAUCCUAUCUGGUUUACUUACCAUUUUGUAUUUUAUAUUUUAUCAAUGGUUAUUCUUCAAUGAAGGUCAAUUUGGACCAAAUGUGGAAUAUCUAUUUAAUCAAUCUGAAUUUUCAUUGUUUAUCGGGACUGCAAUUUUUGCAUUUGAAGGAAUUGGAUUAAUUAUCCCCAUUCAAGAAUCAAUGAUACAUCCAAAUAACUUCCCAAAGGUAUUAGCUAAAGUUAUAUUUACAAUUGCAUUAAUAUUCAUCAUCAUUGGUACUCUUGGUUAUUUAACAUUUGGAUCAAAUGUACAGACUGUGAUUUUAUUAAAUUUACCACAAGAUUCACCAAUGGUUAUAAUUACACAAUUAUUAUAUUCAUUUGCAAUUUUAUUAUCUACUCCCUUACAAUUAUUUCCUGCUAUUAGAUUAUGUGAAUCAAAAUUAUUUUUCAAAUCUGGUAAGACUAAACCAAGUAUAAAAUGGUUAAAAAAUUUAUUUAGAACUUCAUUUGUUUUAUUAACUUCUUAUAUUGCAUUCAUGGGUGGUAAAAAUUUAGAUAAAUUGGUAAGUUUUGUUGGUUGUUUUGCUUGUAUACCUUUGGUUUAUAUGUAUCCACCAAUGUUACAUUUAAAAUCAUGUUGUAUAAUUUCAGAUGAUUUAUCAAAAGAGGAGAAAACGAAAAGAUAUUGGAUAGGUAUAUUAGAUUACUUUCUUGUUUUUAUUGGAGGAAUAGCUAUGAUCUAUACAACUUAUCAAGUUUUAUUCACCUAG